AUGACAUCCAAAGCGCUCACUAUAGCUAGUGCCCUCCGCUCGCUUGGAAACACAGUCCACGGAAUGAGGCCACACCUCCUCCAACAGGCCAUAUCGGCCUGUGUCCUCCGUAAAGCCUACUUCGGCGCAGAGACGUGGUGGCCAGGCCGCACCCGACCUCGUUCCCGCCCUCAGGCAGACACUCCCCCAAUCUCAAACCUAGUGAAUAAACAUCUAACGGACCUAUCUACUGUCAUUCUAACAGGGGCAAGGGCAAUUCUGCCUGUUUUCCGCACUAUCCAGUUACCUGUCCUACACCGAGAGUCAGGAGAAGCAGCCUUAAGACGGGUCGGUGCCCCGUCAGGACGCACAAGAGAAGAAGCGGCGGACAACUUCCAAAUACUCCUGCAAUCCAUCCCCAAUAACGAUAUUAUAAUCUACUCAGAUGGAUCCAAAUUAGAAAAUGGCCAAACAGGUGGUGGUUAUGUUGGUUUCCAAGCUGGCUCCCAAUUCCUGCGCGGCUCAAUACCCCUCGGGCAUAAUAAAGAAGUCUUUGACGCAGAAGCAGAAGCGGCUCUUGCUGGGUUAAAAGCUGCGAUGACACACUCUACUGCCCAAUGCUCACCAAACCUGUGGAUAUGCCUUGACAACCUUGAGGUCACUAUCCAACUCCUCUCCUCAUCUAUAGGCUCCUCUCAAGCCGUCUUCAAGUCAUUCAACACACUUGCCGCUACCUGGCCAUCAAGAAGGAGACUCCUCCAAAUUGAGAGCGGGGCAGUCCGAAUCCGCUGGGUCCCAGGACAUGCCAACAUCCCUGGAAAUGAAGCAGCAGACUGCGCUGCCAAAGAGGGCGCGGGAAAAACUGUCCCUACCUCCCACCCAUGGUCAUAUGCAGCAUUUAAGCGACAUACCAAAUCACAAGCUGCCUCAAGAGCACAGACAUAUUGGCAGGCAGCGGCUCCGCAGGCCUAUCAAGAUCUUGAAAUCACCACCUUUUCAAGACGCCCACCAGAACUCCAGCUUCCCCGCCAUAUCUUAGGACGAAUCCUUGCAGCACGCACAAAACAUGGAGACUUCGCAGACUACCAUGAACGGUUCAACCACACAGAUGCCCAUCUCACGUGCCGAUGCGGCGCAAGAAAGUCCCCAAUCCACUUUAUCUUCUGCCAGAUCGCAAAGAGGAAGGCUCCUAGAUUCCCUGGACAUCCUUCGGAAGUCAUUCCUUUCCUCCUGGGCACCCCAAAGGGCGCCACCAAACUAGCCAAAUGGCUCACGGAGACCCGAUUCUUCGAGGAUAUCUGCCCUCGAAGGCCCCCUCUUAGCACAUAA